UAAAAGGGCCAGAGUGGAGGAUGCAGAGGUCAGAGCAGGAGGUUCCUCAGGUCGGCAGGGCAAUGCUGGGCUCCCUCACCCUCCUCCUGGGGCUGCCACUGGCCCUGGGCACCGGCACCCGCAGCUGCGCCCCGCUCAUCCCCGUCACCUUCGACAGCGACACCAUCCCUGGGCUCCUGGGACCAUGGACCUACAUCGUGGGUGCCUCCAAGUACCCACCUCACCUGGAGGAGCUGAAGGCAGUGAAAUUUGCAGCCUUCUCCUUCUCUCCCAGCAGCCACGAGGAUGAGCUCGAUGUUAACGAAGUCAUGAGACUGAACGACACGUGCGUAGUGAGCAACACCAGCAAGAUCCUGAUCUUCUGGAACAACUCCACCCUGGCCCACGUCGAAGAUAAAGUGUAUUCCAUGGCUGAACUGAUUCGAAGUGACAAGGACCUGCUGAUCCUGAGGCACCUCAACACUGACUACCCAAGCCUGAGCCUCUCAGCCCGGACACCCACUGUGAACGAGGAGUACCUGGAGGACUUCAAAGCCCACCUGCGCUGCCUGGGCUUCUCUGAGGAGGAGAUAUUCGUUACUUCUGAGAAGGAUGCCUGUCCCCUGCCCUGGGAGAAGGCAGAGGAAAACAAAAGCGACGCAGAACCACAAGUGGUGUAACUCAGAGCCAAGUCAUCAUCAUCAUCAUCCUCAUCAUCCAUCCUCAUCAUCCUCCAGCCCCUCCACAGGGACCCCUGUGCCUGCUGCCCCAGCUGGGCUUAGCUCAGCCUCAGGACUUUCCAUCGAGGUUUUGUUUUUCCCUCCUGGAUGAAACUCCAGUUUCCCUGUAAUUGCCCAGACCUGAAAUAAAUCCCUGUGUUACAGCCA